AGUUACAAGAAAUAGUAAUUAGAAGAUAGUUCUGGUUACAAUUGAUAGGUUCAAGAUGUUCUUUUGUUUUUUAUCCCUAAUCCAUGUAAGAAUGCGCAAAAAAGGUCUUUCUUGCUCAGAACGGUGUGAUAGUUUUAUCUAAGCCAGUCGCUGAGAAAACAUCAAGAGGUCUACAUUUUCGGUCACUUCGGUCAACAUGCCUUUGCGAAGGAAACUUUCGAAAUUUGAGGAGAAUCUGGAUAUCAACCUAUACGUACAUGACAUUGUUCCACAGUGUCGUACCGUUCUAAUGGUGGCUAAGGAACUUGACCUGUAUUUUACGAUUCGCGAGAUUAACCUAGAUAAGCAGGAACAUCUAACAGAGGAAUUUUUAAAAAUGAAUCCUAUGCACACGAUUCCGGUGUACGAAGAGCGCGGAUAUAUUCUUACGGAUAGUCACGCUAUCGCCUGUUUUUUGAUUGAUGAUUUUACAUCGGGUAUAAAUUCUCUGUACCCGAAAGAGCUGUCGGUACGAGCUCAGAUUAAUCAGUAUCUCAUGUUCGAAGCGGGGACAAUGUUCCCUGCUGUGAAAAGCAUCGUGCUACCGCUAAUGUUGGGACAAGAGUCUACUAUCUCCGAAGAAAAGAUAGCCGCAUGUAAAGAAGUAUUCUCGCUCUUGGAUAAGAUUCUGCAAUACAAGACAUGGUUGGUCGGCCACAUCUCUUACACUGUCGCGGAUAUUUGUUGCGUAACUAUGGCCAGCAGUAUUACUGUCCUGAUGGAUAUGGAUCUAUAUCCGAAUGUAAAGGCUUGGAUAAGAAGGUGCGAGCGAGAUAUACGAAGCUACAAAGAAUGCAAUGUACCAGGGCUUAACAAAUUACAUGCUCUUAUUCGUUCCGCACUUUCCAAGUCCUAAAUAUAUAAAAUAUACCUAUAUAUGUAUGUGUAUAUGUAUAUGUAUAUAUAUAUACACAUAGAUAUAUAGAUAUAUCUAUAUGUAUAUAUAUAUACACAUAGAUAUAUAGAUAUAUCUAUAGUCAGAGUGGAAGAGUGAGGUGACUGUUUUGAUAAUAAGUGUGGAAUUCUAACAAUUUUUUCUUAAUUCUUGCAUGUCAUUUUUGAAAUUUGUAAUUCUGUUAUAAUUUGUUAUAUACACCAUUUAUUACACCAUUAUACAUUUGUAUGACAAAUACUAAUAAAAAUACAUAUAUGCUUA